AUGGCAGAUUACGGAAACAAUAAUAACGUUAUUGAGCAAUCAAAUAGCUCUUCUCAUAUGGACUUAUCUAUCAACCCAAAUUACGUUCAUGCUCAUUUGGGAAGUCCCUAAGUGCCAGAGGCAAAUUCUUAAAGAAGAGAAAUAGGAGAUUUAGCAGUAUGGACUUUAUCUUCAGCUAAACCUGGGAAUGGAGUUGAGUAACUGAGAGAUGAUUAAAUUUCCACUUUUUGGCAAUCAGACGGCACUUAACCGCAUUAUGUGAAUAUUUAAUUCUUGAAAAAAAUGAGAGUUUAAGAGGUAUCACUUUAUUUGGACUUUAAAACUGAUGAAUCGUACACACCAUCUAAAAUCUCUAUUAGAGUUGGAAAUAGCUUUUAUGAACUCUAAGAAGUAAAACUCAUUGAAUUUGAAGAACCUAUUGGCUGGUUUACAUUUUAACUAUAAGAGAAAGGAACCAGUGGUUAAAUAUUGAAACCCUAUAUAAAAACUAUGUUUGUACAAAUAGCGAUAAUUCAGAACUAGCACAGUGGCAGAGAUACUCACAUUAGGCAGAUUAAAAUAUUUGCUCCUAGAGAUAAGUGCUAUUAUAGUGAUAUGUAUCCUCACUUUAAAUCAGUUGAAAUGACUUAAUUUGCUUCUAUUAGAUGA